GAAUCGUGUGGAGGCGACUCUACAAAAAAGCUCCCAGUGCCAUUUCCAUUUCAAUUUCCAGUGCCAGAGCCGAUGCCAGUGCUUAGUGCUCAGUGUCAUUCCGAUUUCAGUUUAGUUUCGCCUCUCGCCGGCGACGGAGUGUUCCAAUUAUAACCUCUGAGGGUUUCAUUUUUGUGUUUAUUCAAAAUCUAUAGUAUCUUUCGAGUCGAGCUCUCUGGCUUUUAUCUCCCACGAAAGAUGACAAGCUCUCUGUGGCUCAGCCUGGGUCUAAGCUUAGCGGUUUUGGCUCAAUUCCAAGUGACCGCAGCUCCUAAUCUGAUCUGCUUCUAUGAUUCGCAGGGCUUUCAGCGGGCGGGCCUGGCUCAGUUCUCCAUGACCGACAUGGAGCUGGCUUUGCAGUUCUGCACUCACUUGGUCUAUGGCUAUGCCGGCGUCAAUGCCGAUAACUACGAGGUGCAGAGCAUCAAUCGACGCCUGGAUCUCGAGCAGCGUCACCUGGCUCAGGUGUCCAGCUUGAAGGAGCGCUAUCCCCACAUCAAGUUCCUGUUGAGUGUGGGCGGUGAUGCGGACUUGAACGAGGGUAAUCAGUAUAUAAAGCUCCUGGAAUCAGGCCAGCAGGGUCACAAGCGCUUCAUCGAAUCGGCUCGGGAUCUCGUCAGGCGCUACAACUUUGAUGGUUUGGACUUGGCUCUGCAGUUGCCCAGGAAUAAGCCACGCAAAGUGCAUGGGGAUGUGGGUUCGGCCUGGAAGAGUUUCAAGAAGUUCUUCACUGGCGACUUCAUUGUGGACACUGAUUCGGAGACCCACAAGGGACAGAUUACCGCUUUGGUCAAGGAUCUGAGUGCUGCCCUCAGGCAGAAUGAUCUGCUGCUGAGUCUCACGGUGCUGCCCAAUGUGAAUUCGAGCUGGUACUAUGAUGCCCCCUCCAUUGCACCCAGUCUGGACCUUAUCAACCUGGGAGCCUUUGACUUUCUCACCCCCCAACGUAACCCCGAGGAAGCUGACUUUACAGCUCCUUUGUACGAGGCUUUUGGCCAGAAUCGUCUUGGCCACUACAAUGUCAACUUCCAGUUGGAACACUGGCUGCUCCAGAGAGUGCCAGCCAACAAGCUCAACAUUGGCAUUGCUACCUAUGGCCGCUCGUGGAAGAUGACCAAGGAUUCUGGUGACUCUGGAGCACCUGUGGUGGCCUCCACCGAUGGACCAGCUCCCGCAGGAGCCCAGAGCAAGAAGGAGGGCCUCCUCAACUGGGCCGAGAUCUGCCAACUGAUGCCCAAUCCAAGUAACUCCAAUGCCAGGGGACCCAAUGCUCCGGUGAAAAGGGUGCUGGAUCCCACCAAGCGCUAUGGAAGCUAUGCCUUCCGUGCUGCCGAUGAGAACGGCGAUCAUGGAUUGUGGAUCAGUUAUGAUGACCCAGACUCUGCUUCCAGCAAGGCCCAGUAUGCGAGGGUCAAGAAUCUGGGCGGAGUGGCUCUGUUUGAUCUAACCCAGGAUGACUUCCGUGGUCAGUGCACCAACGAUCGCUUCCCCAUGCUGCGUGCCAUCAAGUACCGAUUGCUUUAGGAGUUGGAUACGGAGCAUGAAGUCAUCAGCAGCACGCAAAUGUCACAAGGAGUACUAAUAGGAAAAAAAAAGGAGCGCGGCAGGCUGGUCGCGGGGAACCACAAAUGUCAUCCGAUCGGCGGCCUAAGGCCUCCUUCUGUGUCUGUCCCUUUUUGCAAAUUAAUUACAAAGUUGUAAACUAAAA